AUGUCUAUUCCAAUUCAACGCAACCCUCGCGAUCCUGGUCCUCAUCUUCCGAAGUCAGGAGGAACGCCUUUCAUGGGCUCCCAUCGCGACAUGUGUGACCCUCUUUCUCUGGAUGCUAAGUGGAUUCGCCAUUUGCGUCGCAAAUCGAAAGGUUGCUCAGAGGUGCUGGAUGCAGCUGGCACUCAACGCUCUGAUGAUAUGGGGCAUGUUCAUGUUCGGGAUUCAGCCAUCUCUCCCAGACUCGAGUCUUCUGCUUCCAGUAUCCGUCACCAUGUCAAUUCUAGUCAAUCAGGCCCGGAAUCCACCCUUGCCUCCUCUUCUCCCAUUCUAACUCCGCCAAAGCCAUCAACGUUUAGACGUGCUCAUGCUCUAUGGGCCGAAGACUGCGUACGGUCAUCUACUACUAGGCCAAAGUCUGUCCAAUGGAACGACGAGGAUAACAAUUCCAAAACGAUGCGACAGCCGGAGACGAGACCUAUAUCUCAAGACCAGCUGGUCGCAGAGGUCAAAGGUAUAUACGCAGGCUUGGUCAUGGUAGAGACCAAGUGCAUCGAGGUUGACAACGUUCAACCCUCAGUUGCAAAUGCAGAUAACCACAGCAAGCUCAGCAAUGAGCAGUGGCAGGCUCUCAUUGCUCUUCAUCGCACAUUGCUCCAUGAACACCAUGAUUUCUUUCUUGCCAGUCAGCAUCCUUCUGCUAGUCCAGCCUUUCGACGACUAGCACCCAAGUACGCUGUGCCAGCCCGCAUGUGGAGACAUGGAAUACAUUCGUUCCUAGAGCUUCUUCGACAUCGACUACCAUCAUCUCUCGAGCAUAUGCUUGCUUUUAUAUACUUAGCCUACAGUAUGAUGGCUCUCCUCUACGAGACAGUACCUUCAUUUGAAGAUACUUGGAUAGAAUGCCUAGGCGAUCUAGGAAGAUAUCGUAUGGCGAUUGAAGAUGAUGACAUUCGGGACCGCGAGGCUUGGACCAGGGUAUCCAGACAUUGGUAUAGUAAGGCCCCGGUCGCCGCACCAAACACUGGUCGGCUCUAUCAUCAUCUGGCCAUUUUAGCCCGACCCAAUGCCGUCCAGCAGCUCUACUAUUACACCAAGGCACUCGCUAUGCCAAUCCCUUUCAGCAGCGCAAGACAGAGCAUUAUGCCCUUAUUCGACCCUGUUCUCUCCAACAGCCCAACUCGAUUAGCACCAAUUGAUUCAGCAUUUGUCCGUGCUCACGGAAUCUUGUUCUCAUCCGACAAAAGCGAAAGCUUCAACAGUUCAAUCCUUUCUCCAAUCGAGGCUCUGGACGAGAACGGUAUAGAUAUACAUUCUUUGGGAACUUGCUAUUCGCCAACCCUUGAUGGCUGGGAACAAGCCCCAAGACCCCUAUCAGAGGAUUUCGCGAUGAGAGGUAUUCUCUAUUGCAAGGAUUACUUUCCAAUCCUAUCUUGCAAAAGCGAAAGUAUCAGCAGCUCAAUCCUUUGUCUAAGUAAGAGUGUGGAUGAAUGGCCGGGAAAAUACUGGAAAUGUCUUUCGCAAAUUCUCAACUCGCUGCUCCCUGAUGAAGGCUUAGAACAAGCCCCAAAGCCUCUUCCAGAAGAUUUCGUGAUGAGAGGUCUUCUAUACUGUGAGAAUUACUUUCCAACAGAUUGGUUUGGUUUUGAUGCAGGGUACCAUCUGGACUUUGACCCAUUGAUACUGCAACCAGAUUCACUACCUCCUUCCCACCGCAUCGACUCAACUUCAGAAAAAUUCUGGCUGUCUUGCAAUUACGGGUACUAUUUUACUGCCAAGGUCUUACAUUCCGUCGCCGACUAUCUCGCUAGAUUGGCGUCCAUUCAAUCUGUAGUCGCACAUCGCUAUUUCGACGGCUUCCUUCACCCAGCCAAGGUUGCGUUUUGUGACCAGAAAACUUCCAUGAUGAAGCAUUUUAGCCAUUCAUCAUUGAUGUUUGCACAUGAGCAACAUCAAUACGCAUAA